GAUGAGGUUGCAACCUCUGUCUAAACUUUUCUCCAGCAUUCCAACAAGAUGCCACUCUUGCCUCCGAUAAAUUUUCCCAAAUGGCUUGAGGAAAACCACCAUCUUCUACAACCUCCCGUUAACAAUUUCUGCCUCUACAACUCGGCAGACUUCACCGUUAUGGUUGUUGGUGGACCGAAUGCUAGGACAGACUAUCACUGGAAUGAAACAGAAGAAUGGUUCUAUCAGCACAAAGGGGACAUGCUGUUGAAAGUUGUCGACGACGGGGAAUUCAAGGAUAUUCCCAUACGAGAGGGUGAAAUGUUUCUGCUUCCCGGAAACACUCCACAUAACCCUGUCCGGUUCGCUGAUACUGUGGGUAUAGUUAUCGAAAGGAAGCGGCCACCAGACGCUUUGGACCGGUUGCGUUGGUAUUGUGAGAAUUGUAAAAAAAUUGUGUAUGAGGAAUCCUUUCAUUGCGUUGACCUAGGGACGCAACUCAAACCCGUCAUUGAGCGGUAUUAUGCCAGCGAGGAGUUGCGAACCUGCAAAGAAUGUGGCCAUUUAAAUCCAAAAAAAUAAAUUACAUGUUCCACUCGGUGGGUGGGAUGAAUCAAGCGCA